AUGUCUGCUUCGUUACUGCUCCUUUCCCUACUCCUGUUCAGCGACAGUGCUUUGUCCCAACCGCCCUCGACACAGCCACUUCUGGUCUACAACUGUGCGAAAAUGCCCUCAAUAUGCCGCAAUGUCGACCAGAGAAACACGCUCCAGGUUGUACCGGGAGUUCCUGCUGCCGGUAGGCUUGGCCUAUUGGACCCGGGUAAGAACGGCGGUAACGACUACAUCACUUUGACCUACGACACCAGCGCCGGAAUGCUGCCUGCAAAUCCAGCUGGAAAAAAACAAAUCCUUGCCCGCAAAUAG